CUGCAGGGUAGCACACGUCCACCUGCAUUCUCAAAGGAUGGGGACUUCAUUAUUGGCGGCACUUUCUCCCUUCACUCUUACACGCAAACAGCUUAUAAUAAGUAUACCAACAUGCCUGCACCUGUGAAAUGCAAAGGAAGCAUUGACACUGUUGAGCUGCAAUCCACAAGUUCGAUGGUCUUUGCCAUAGAAGAGAUUAACAACAGCACAGACCUGCUGCCUGGAAUUGAGCUUGGUUAUCGGAUCUAUGAUUCAUGUGCAUCAGUACCUGUGGCAGUUCAUGUGGCAUUUCAGUUUUUAAAUAGAUUGGAGGCUCAGUUUAACACUGGUAAAAACUGCUCUCAGUCUGGUGUGGUGAUGGCUGUUGUUGGUGACUCUGGGUCUACGCCAUCUAUUACCAUGUCACAACUUGUUAGUGCUUUUAACAUUGCUCAGGUGAGCCACUUUGCCACAUGUGCAUGCUUAUCUGACAAGCAGCAGUACCCAAGUUUUUUCAGAACAAUUCCCAGUGACCAGUUUCAAGCUGAAGCACUAGCCAAGCUGGUGAAACACUUUGGCUGGACUUGGAUAGGUGCUGUCCGGUCAGAUUCAGAUUAUGGCAAUAAUGGCAUGGCUUCUUUUCUCCAAGCAGCACAGAAAGAGGGGAUCUGUGUGGAGUACUCUGUAUCUUUCUAUCGGACAAACCCACAGAGCAGAUUUCAGAGAGUAGCAGAUGUUAUCCGCAGGUCUACAGCUGUAGUUGUUGUGGCAUUUGCAUCUUUUGGAGACAUGAAGAUCCUGUUGGAGGAGCUAUCACGUGACCCUUCCCCACCUCGCCAGUGGAUAGGCAGUGAAUCAUGGGUAACAAGCACAGAAUUAACACAGUACAGUUUCUGUGCUGGGGCCAUUGGAUUUGGUAUUCCGAAGUCUGCAAUCCCAGGUCUCAGAGACUUCCUGUUAAAUCUGUCUCCCACUCAAGUGUCUGCCUCGCCAGUGUUUACUGAGUUCUGGGAGGAUGCAUUCAACUGCAGUCUGAAAAAAAAGAAGAAAAUGUGUGAUGGAAAUGAAGACAUACAGAAUCUCCAAAGCGAGUACACUGACACAUCUCAGCUCAGAAUUGCUAACAUGGUGUAUAAGGCUGUGUAUGCAAUAGCACAUGCCAUCCAUAAUGCAGUGUGUCAAAAAACAAAUGCCAUAGCAAAAUGUGACAAACUAAUCAAGUUACAGUCCAAUCGGGUUUUAACUGAGCUGAAGAAAGUAAAUUUUUCCCAAAAUGAAAAUGAUGUGUCAUUUAAUGCUAAUGGGGAUCCUGUGGCUAUUUAUGACUUGGUUAACUGGCAGAAAAGUGGGAGUGGCAUCAUUGAGAUAGUAACUGUAGGGCUGUAUGAUGCCUCACUACGAGUGGGCCACGAGUUUAAGAUUAACAGAAACAUAACCUGGAUGGAGGAUAGCAGAAAAGUGCCAGUGUCAGUCUGUACUAACAGUUGUCCUCCAGGAACUCGUAAAAUGCUGCAAAAAGGAAAACCUAUCUGCUGCUAUGACUGUAUAGCAUGUCCUGAGGGAGAGAUCAGUAAUAUAACAGAUUCAGCUGACUGUUUACCCUGCCACAAAGAGUUCUGGCCUAAUGCAAAGAGAGACACCUGUAUCCCUAAGCCUCUAGAGUUUCUUUCAUUUCAAGACAUCCUAGGGAUCAUCCUGGCUACAUUUUCAGUUCUUGGUGCUUGUCUGGCCAUCAUAAUUGGGGCUGUAUUCUUUUAUCACAGGAAAACUCCAAUUGUCCGAGCCAACAAUUCUGAGCUGAGCUUCCUGCUGCUCAUCUCACUGACUCUGUGUUUCUUAUGUUCAUUAACUUUCAUUGGAGCACCAUCAGAGUGGUCCUGCAUGCUGCGUCACACUGCAUUUGGCAUAACCUUUGUACUCUGUAUCUCCUGUGUACUUGGGAAAACUAUAGUGGUUUUAAUGGCUUUUAAAGCAACACUUCCAGGUAGCAAUGUCAUGAAAUGGUUUGGUCCUCCACAGCAAAGAAUGACUGUUGUGUCUUUCACCUUUAUUCAAGUUUUAAUAUGUACUGUAUGGUUGGUAGUGAGCCCUCCAUUCCCAAUUAAAAAUCUAACCACAUACAAGGAGAAAAUCAUCCUGGAAUGUGCAUUAGGCUCUGCUGUUGGCUUCUGGGCUGUGCUCGGUUACAUAGGUCUGCUUGCUUCCUUUUGCUUCAUUUUAGCUGUCUUAGCUCGCAAAUUACCUGAUAAUUUCAAUGAAGCCAAGCUUAUCACUUUCAGCAUGCUGAUAUUCUGUGCAGUGUGGAUCACCUUUAUCCCAGCAUAUGUCAGCUCUCCUGGGAAAUUUACAGUGGUUGUGGAGAUUUUUGCCAUUCUGGCCUCCAGCUUUGGGCUAAUAAUAUUUAUAUUUGCUCCAAAGUGUUUUAUCAUAUUGUUUAAGCCUGCAAAGAACACUAAGAAAUAUUUAAUGAACAAAAAUCAGUCAUAA